UAUUAAUUUAGUAUAGAAUUUAGUGUACAAAUAUGGAGAAAUGAAAAAGAAGGUGUAAUUAAUAUUAGAAUUACUACUGCCUCAAUUAACGAUGCCUGAGAACGAAUAAGCAAGUUAUCGGUUGAAUGAAUGUGAAAUAAUUGGUACCGUGAAGAAAAAUGAAAAUUAUGUUAACGAAUUCGUCAAUGUAUUGAGCGAAACGUCUAUCCCCAGACGCAGUAGCACUGCUAUUACAAUCUGCACGAAAAUAAGAAGGUACGACUACUUCGCUUCUACAAAUAUUAACCGCCAACCUGAGUUUGAGUGUAUCAAAUGUUCGAUCAGCCGAAAACUAAAAACGAAGAUUUUUUGUCCGAGUAAAUUACAACUGAGAAAUAUCGGACGUUAAAUAUCUGACGAGAUGAAGCUAUUUGCAAGUCCUAAAUGCUUUUCCGAGAUUAUAGCACCGGUGACAACUGUCAACUGUAUAGUAGGACUUCGCGCUUUCGAAUAUCCUCGUGGUAAUACGAGACCUAUACUCAGUCUGAUUUAUCUCGCGUUUAUUUACAUCACAUUUUGUUGUGGAAAAUUACGCAUGUACCAAAGAUUCUAUGCGGGCCUUAAACUGAUGAAACUGGAAUGUGCUAUAUUGAAAUUAUUCUUGUAUAUCCUUCUAGUAUCUGUGAUAUUGAAAAUGCUACUAGGUUGGUGGCACACAAAGAAAUUUAAAGUUUGUCUCAAGAAGAUCUUUGAGAUCGAUGAAACGUUGCAACAGCUCGGACUGACGGUGAAUUAUGACAGAUUAUUCUUCGUUAUGAUUGGAAUCAUAACUGUUUUGAUAACGUUUUUUUUCGUUGUGUGGACAAUGAUGUUCAUUCACUUGAACAUAAUCACGGAUGUAUUUACUUCAAUUUAUCUUCUACUCAUACACACGUAUUCGUUCAUCGUCAGCUCUAUUAAUAUAUUCGAAUUCUUCAUAUUUGCGAAAUGCUUACAAAUGAAAUUUAAAUUGGUCAACCAACUCUUGCGCGAAAGCUUAAGCUUAACAGAUUUAUCCAAGAAAGAUAAGAAAUUAGGCAUCUUUGAAAUGAAAGAUUAUGAGAGGAUCAUAGAUGUCGAGCAACAAAAGCAAGUUUUUUCCACAAAGAUGAUAUUCCGAAGGCGUCAGCGAGUGCAGACCGGAAUUAAUUUUUCUAUAUUGAAAAAGCGAAAUCCGGUCGUAUUUCAAACUGAAUCUCACUUUCCAUCUCAUGUCACAAAUCAUUUUCAAAGCGUACUCCAGAAUCCACCUCGAAGACACAAUUCCACAAUAACAAAAUAUCAAAAACGUAAACAUCUUUUACAAGUAAUCAGGCAGGUACACCUGAAACUGUGUAAAGUAACAAAAAUAGUAUGCAGUAUUCUUGGAGUACAAAUAGCUUGGGACAUAGGAGUAAUUAUGAUAACCCUCACUGGGUAUCUUUAUAAUUUGUAUACUCACUACAUUAUGAGCAAAUGCGAAGUAAAAUAUUGGGCAAGGCCAACGGUUGAGACGUUAUCAUUGUGUUCUUGGCACAUUAUAAAAAUCUUUAUUUUGAACCUCGUUUGCAAGAAUGCAGCUGAUGAGGGAAACAGAACCGCUGAAAUAAUUCAUUCGAUUUAUGGUUGCAAUACAGAUAUUGAUAUAAAGGAAGAAAUUCAACAGUUUGACCUUCAAAUUUUGCAAAGCCCAGUGACAUUUUCUGCGUUUAGUCUUACUCUGGACAAUCGUGUCUUAAGCAUGAUUUUGAAAAUCUUGACGACCUACAUGGUUAUCUUGACACAAAUGGGCAAUGAAUUGGAAUCGAAUAAUGCUAUACAUUAUUGA